GCGCGAGAUCCGAACGUCUGCUGCCGCGGUUCUGGCGUUCCCUGAGGCGCCGGGAGCCUGCGCCGUCGUCCUGCUGGCUUCGUCUCCUCAGCGGCCAUGAGGCGGACAGGCCCCGAGGAGGAGGCCUGCGGUGUGUGGCUGGACGCGGCGGCGCUGAAGAGGCGGAAAGUGCAGACACAUUUAAUCAAACCAGGCACCAAAAUGCUAACACUCCUUCCUGGAGAAAGAAAGGCUAAUAUUUGUUUUACUCAAAGAAGAGCUCCAUCUACAGGCAUUCACCAGAGAAGCAUUGCUUCUUUCUUCACCUUGCAGCCAGGAAAGACAAAUGGCAGUGACCAGAAGAGUGUUUCAUCUCAUACAGAAAGUCAGAUCAACAAGGAGUCCAAGAAAAAUGUGACCAAGCUAGGCCAUUUGAUCCCAGGCUUAGCACAGGAUUGCAUGGUGUCCCCUUUAGCCACUUCAACCACUGCAGACAUCCAGGAAGCUGGACUGUCUCCUCAGUCCCUCCAGACUUCUGGCCACCACAGAAUGAAAACCCCAUUUUCAACUGAGCUAUCUUUGCUCCAGCCUGAUACUCUAGACUGUGCUGGAGAGAGUAAUACCCCACUGGCUUUUUCCUUCACUGAGGACUUGGAAAGUUCUUGUUUGCCAGACCAAAAGGAAGAAAAAGGGGAUUCUGCCAGGAAAUGGGAAUGGCUUCAUGGGUCUAAGAAGAACUAUCAGAGUAUGGAGAAACACACCAAACUACCUGGGGACAAAUGCUGUCAGCCCUUAGGCAAGACUAAAUUGGAAAGAAAGGUGUCUGCCAAAGAAAACAGGCAGGCCCCUGUACUCCUUCAAACAUACGGGGAAUCCUGGAAUGGAGAAAACAUAGAACCAGUGAAACAAAGCCCUAGUCCAGUUUCUGUGUUUUCCUGGGACAAUGAAAAGAAUGACAAGGACUCCUGGAGUCAACUUUUCACUGAAGAUUCUCAAGGCCAGCGGGUCAUUGCCCACAACACUAGAGUUCCUUUUCAAGAUGUAACCAAUAACUGGAAUUGGGACUUAGCGCUGUUUCCUAACAGUCCUUGGGCUCAGUGCCAGGAGGAUGGGCCAACUCAAAAUCUGAAGCCUGAUUUGCUCUUUACCCAGGACUCUGAAGUCCAAGCUCUAGCUUGUCAGCAAGACUGUUGCAGAAGAUCUAUCCUUAAGAGGCAGAAACAUCUGCGGUGA